AUGGUUAGUGAAUUCCAAAAAGUAAUCCACAUCCCAGUAGACCAGCCAAUACCCCCACUGUCUAGGCUUUUAUCCACUCCUUCCUUGGGGGAGAUCGCGAGUGAAGGUUUUAAGACCGUUGGAGUACACAGGUCACCAGCAGACUUCGUGAAAGAAGCACUUGAGGUGAAGCAUCCCAGUGCUACAGUGUCUCAGCUUCCGGCUCCGAUGCUUGCUGCGGUUCAUAGGGCAGCCACUGAACCAGUGGAAUCCCUGUGCCAAACCAGAUCUGAGGCACUUAGGAUGAUGCUUGCAAAGGCCAAAGAGUUUCAACCCGCCGAAGAAGAGCUGAAGCAGUCCCUGUCAGCCAGACGCAAGGAGGUUCUGAAAGGGAAGAGGUUGGUGCUCUUCCAGUGGCUUCUCGAACAGUCCGGGUCAACCGAUACUCGGUUCGUGACCGACUUGUGCAAUGGUUUUGACUUGACUGGCACCCUGCCGGAGUCCAACACAUUCUCCAAGAGAUUUCGCCCUGCGCAGCUUCCGACCGACACUCUCAGGGGUGUUGCGGAGAAAGCAAGGAUGGCCCUGCUCUCUAACAUAAGAAGUUCAGGUGAUGUUGGCCUGGACCAUGGUGUGUACGAGGCCACUCGGAGUGAAUGUGACAAGGGCUUUCUGGUCGGGCCUGUGGAUCCUGAUGGCCUCCCUGAAGGUGCCACACUGACCCGCAGAUUCGGUGUGGCCCAAAAAGAUAAAAUCAGGCCAAUCGAUGAUUAUCGUGCUAGCAUGGUCAAUUCUUCGGUUACCCAGGCAGAAGCUGUGUCUAUUCACGGGGUGGACCACAUUGCAGCCAUGUGCGCCGAGUACCUGAGGUGCUCAUCAGCCCAGACAUCACAAGUGGAGCUGGUGGCGAAGUGUUGGGACCUAGCAUCAGCGUACAAGCAAGCUCUGAUCAGCCAAAACAGGCCUAGGCUCGUAGACACCAACUUCUUCGAGUGGGUCCACUUGUACGUGGAUGCCUCUUACGACCCCGGCAACCAUUCUGGAGUGGGAGGUAUGCUUUUGGACCAAUCGGGGAAUUGCUUGUGCUUCUUCAGCGAGCCGGUGCCUUCCAAUUUGGUGGACAAGAUCAAAGCCGAAGACCAGAAGACUAUCAUCUUCGAACUGGAAGGGUUAGCAGUGGCCAUCGGCAUAGCCCUGUUCUCUAAUUUCUUGCUCGGCAAACGCCUGAUAGUCUUUACCGAUAACCAAGCGGUGCAGGCCCAAUCCAAUCCAGCUGACAUUCUCUCCAGAGAAGUCGUCAUGAGCCACCUAGGUGUUGACAGAACAAAGGUGGACCUGAUAGCCAUGUGGCAUCAAUGCACCACACCAUCCCAUGUUGGGGAGGAGCGCGAUGGAUGUGCGGAUUGA